AUGGCUCGAGAACCGAAGCAUCUCCUUGCUCUCCUCCUCUGCCUAAUGUUCGCCCAAGGCAGCAGUGUGUGCCUGCGCUGCAUGAACGACCACGUCGUCGUCAGUCAGCGGGUGGACGACCACGGCGAGGACGUCGGCGGCGGCGGCGGCGGCGUAGUGCAGACGUCGACGCUGUACAUGUUCAAGGUGACGGUGACGAACCGGUGCUGCUGCGAGGUGAGGAGCGUCGUCGUGGCGGCGCCGGGGUUCCAGAGCGCUAUCCCGAUCGACCCCAAGCUGUUCCGGCCGAACUCCGGCGAAGGGGAGACGGACUACCUCGUCGGCGACGGCGGGACGAUCCCGGUGAAGGGAAACGUCACCUUCGCCUACACCUGGAGCACCGUCUUCAGGAUGGAUGUCGUCUCCAUGACUGUAUUUCGCUGCUUGUAG